AUGAAUAGAGUGAUUCAGAAGAGAAUUUUUGUUGGGAAUAUUUUCCAUGACGCAGACGACUGUUAUUCGGAACUCCUAGACCGAUUUGGUAAAUUCGGAGAUUGUCAAGAUGUUCAAUUUGAAAAACACAACCAUUUUGCAUUUAUUGAUGUGAAGUUUAAUGAUGACGCAGAUUUUAACAAGCUCAGAAAGAGCUUUAAUAAUGUUAAGUUUAAAGGGAACAUUUUGAAGGUUGAUGAAGCAAAGCCGAAUUGGGAAACUACCUGGGCGGUACAACAUGCAAAGGAUCUCAAGGAAGAUAUCAUACUAAAGAUGAAAAUGAAAAAAAAGAAUUGGCAACAUUAUAAGAAAAUGGAAAAUGUAGCGAAAAGCUGGAAAGAUCAUAAGGAAGUUAUUGCUGGCAGGAUGAGGGAGGCACCAAGGAAAAGGAGUCAAUUGAGAAACGUUACGUUCAGGAUUAAUGUCAAUGGGUCGUUGAAAGUCUAUAAAUGUUAUAAGACUAAAUUAUGGGGUUAUGAGAGGAACAAAGAAUUGAACGACCUUGUGUACAAGUUUACAAAUAAUUUCUGGAAAAACGGGUAUAACCACAUUGUUGAUAGAUUGGAUUAUAGUCGUACCGCCAGAACUGUUAGAUUCAAAAAUGGACUGAAACAGCUAACAGUGUCACAAGUUGAAAAUACUGGUAAUGGGGAGAUGGACAGCGAUGAACACAUGUCAGAAGAAGAGAAGGAGAAAAAUAAUGUUAUUCUGAAUGACCUACUAAAAGGAUUUGAUUUCGACAAACCAAUAGCGUUGAAUGAUUCCGACGAGGAGCCCAUAGCCCAACAUGAAGAAGAGGAAGUAGACGCUUCCAAACAUGAGAAUGUUAAAAUGGAAAAAGUACCCGAGGUAAAUGAGCCGGAAGACGAGAGCACCAUACCACAAGAUGUUUCAGAAGAAAAGACAGAACAUGACGACGACGGUGUUGACGUGCAGGAGGACCAUGAAUUUAUUCCGACUUUCACCAAGGAAAUUGGUCAAGGUACAAUAAGCAACACUGAGACGCUGAGAAACCUAUUCAACCCCACUGAAGCAGAACCAGUAUCACAAUUCAAGUUAAUUGAACAUUCUGAUAAUGAUAUUGAUCAUGCGAAGGAUGUUGACGUGAACCAACUGGAGGAAAAAGUAAGUAAAUCUCACAAUGUAGGUCUCACGUCUCCCAUAUCACAAAUAUCCAAAGAUAAAGAUACCAAAAAUUUCUUAUUUUUCCCCCAUUCACAAUCGCCAUUUUUAGUGGGGCAAACACAGUUGAGUAAAGUAAGGGCUACUGGAAAAGAAACAAUACUAUCGAACUGGGAUGAGGAGUUCUGGGCUAACAGAGGCAAUUGGACUCGUGAUAUGAGGCGCAAGAUGAAAGAUGCACUGAAGCACCGUAAGAGGAAACAAUCAAAGAGCGGGCUUCUUCUAUAG